AAUCCAGUCUGAUUGUAAUUGCAGUUAGCAGUCGCUGCGCAACUUGCUCGACGCUGCUUUGCUUCUUCUUCUACCUAUCUCUAUCUCUGCACAUUAGUAUAUAAUAUAUGAGUAGGGAGGAGGAGAAAAGGAAGCCUAGCUUAGAAGCGAGAGGAACGUGGAGAAGAAGCUACCGGCGAUUUGAUGGGGGAAACGACCGUUGAAGAUGCGGCGAAGAAGCCGACAAUCGUGGUGCCGCAGCGGGGGUCCAUGGAGUCGUUUUUCACGAAUGGGUUAAGCAGUCUAGGGUUCAGCCCGGGCCCGAUAACGCUGGUGUCGGGGAUGUUCUCGGAGCAGGGGUCGUUUUCCUUCUCUCAGCUCUUAGCCGGCGCCAUGGUUUCGCCGAUGGCGGCGAAGCAGGGUUUGGUGUUGAACAGUGGGUCAGGAAAUGCCGCCAGUUCUUCCGAUGAAGGGAGGAAUACCGGGAACGACGGCGGAUACAAGCGGAAUCGGCCGGUGAAUUUGGCGGUGGCUCAGCCGGUGGAGAGUCUAAGCCCGCUGUUCAUGGUUCCGCCGGGCCUCAGCCCUUCCGGCCUGCUUAACUCGCCGGGAUUUCUAUCCCCACUUCAGAGUCCUUUCAGAAUGUCGCACCAGCAGGCGCUGGCGCAUGUAACGGCGCAGGCGACCAUAUCUCAAUCUUAUAUGCAAAUGCAGGCAGAGGUUAAAAAUGCUGCUGCAGACAUUGAGGUUUCAACACAGCAGACAAGCUCAGGGCGCACCGAAUUGGAGAGUUCAAAGAUAGAAUUGUCCGAGGUUUCUCAGUCGGACAAGAGGGUUGGCGGCGAAAAACCGGGUGGUGAUGGUUACAACUGGAGGAAGUAUGGGCAGAAGCAUGUCAAGGCUAGCGAAUGUCCUCGAAGCUAUUACAAAUGUACGCAUCUGAACUGCCCGGUUAAGAAGAAAGUUGAACAAUCGGCUGAUGGCCAAAUAUCUGAGAUUGUGUAUAAAGGGCACCACAAUCAUGAUCCACCUCAAAAUAGUCGACGGGGUAGAGAUAGCUCCCAGUCGAAAUCUGUUCUGGGAACCUCUCAACACGCCUUGGAGAGCAACAGCGAAACAGUGGACGAUGUGAUAGUAAUCGGGGAUGGGGAAGAUGACGAACCCCCUGCUAAACGGAAGACUGUGGAUCCAGGGCAAUGUGCACCCGCACGCCAUACUAUUACAGAAUCGAAGAUUGUCGUGCAGACAAGAAGUGAAGUGGAUCUUUUGGAUGAUGGAUAUAAAUGGCGGAAAUACGGGCAGAAGGUUGUGAAGGGGAAUCCACACCCGAGGAGUUACUACAGAUGCACGUCCAGCGGGUGCAAUGUGCGCAAGCACGUCGAGAGGUCUUCGGCAGACCCAAAGGCUGUGAUCACCACAUACGAGGGCAAACACAAUCAUGAAAUCCCAGCAGGAAGAUACAGCCAGCAGAUGAAGAAAACCCAGAAGGAGAUGAACAUUGGAAGCUCAGAUCAGCAGAUGCCCUUAACCCUGCAUCUCAAACAAGAACAAAUUGCUGCAUAAUUUGAUGAAAAUGGCGAUAUUGUGUAUACAUAUUGUGUAUGUAUGUAUGUACGUAUGUAUGAAAGACACUGUAUUGUGAAUUAAAGCCUCUUUUGUCCCUUAAUAAUCGAACUAUGAUUAAAUUAUGUAUUUUAUUUGCUGGAUUGUGAUUAUAUCAAGAACAUUUAUUUCAGCAGAGAAGACAUAAUUCGAUUACGAACUAAAUCUUAAGAAGUGAAAAUACCCUCAAAACGAUUUUGUAAAACAAAAUCAACAAAUAAG